UCUCAUCAAUGCAGCUUCCGUUGUGCCUCAGAGGGCCAAGAUGGCUGUACAAAAGGACCACUGGUAUGACAGGGCACUCCUCAUCCUUCUCUCUAGUCUCACAGUUUCUGUGCAGCAGACAGAUGGUGUAACCACGGUGAAGCUAGAGGAGGGGAUGGUUCUAGAGUGUGUGUGUCCGUGGGAAGGGAGCCUCACCAUGGUCUCCUGGACCAAACUGAUCCGAUUCGAUAAGGUCCCCAUAGCCGUGUACCACCCUGAGUACGAGCUGUCCAUUUCCCAGUCCUACCAGACCAGGAUCCAGUUCCUGAAGACCACACCCAUGGACGGCAGUAUCACCAUCACUAACGUCACCCAGGACGACACUGGGGUUUACCACUGCUCUGUUCAAACCUUCCCCAGGGGAUCCUGGGCCAGAGAUAUAUUGGUGGAGGAGGAUGAUGCAGAUGAAGAUCAAGAAGAAAUGGACCUGCACACCAGAGAACCAGAACCUAGCCCAGUUGAUUUCAGCCUGUCUGCGUAUCUGAUUUACAUUUAUGUUGGUGGAGGAGUAGCAGGCCUGUUAAUCCUGCUCUCUGUCAUUCUAAUAAUGGUCGUUUGGCAGAGAAAGAAGAAGAGGAGAGAGGAGUACAGGAUCAAAUUGCAUCCAGCUCAGAGACAGAACGUGCCUGUGCAUGACAGGAUGAGGAAGGGGACCAAUCAGAGGGGAGAUAUGCCAGUGUAUGCCAACAUGCACACCAUACGUCCACACACUAAGAGGACGAAAUAGGGAGCAGUGCUGUGUUACACAAUCCUGUCUGACCUCUGACCUCAGUGCUGUGUUACAUAACCCUGUCUGACCUCUGACCUCAGUGCUGUGUUACAGACCCCUGUCUGACCUCUGACCUCAGUGCUGUGUUACAGACCCCUGUCUGACCUCUGACCUCAGUGCUGUGUUACAGACCCCUGUCUGACCUCUGACCUCAGUGCUGUGUUACAGACCCCUGUCUGACCUAGAGAUGUAUCGUUGAAGGCAUCACAUGCAGAACUCAGUAACUCCCUAAGCAAACUGUCAUUAAAAGCGUCCACCAUUAGAAACUAUCACAUUCUCUAUUCAAAUCCUCACAAUCGUCUCUAACUCAAUUGUGUGACAAAGAACAAAGCAAUCAUGCCGUGUCAUCCUCGGGGAAUGCUGUAUUUCCUGGUUGUUAUUAUGCAAAUAGGCCCUGUGGGUUCUCAUGGAAUGUUGUCAUGGAAUUUCUCUGAUGUAAAAUUCUAAUCAUCAGAUGGAACAGUGUAUGUUCAUUGCAUCUAAGCCAUAGAUCAAAUAUGAAUUCUCAUUCUAACUGUAGAAUCUACACUGAGUAUACAAAACAUUAGGAACACCUGCUCUUUCCAUGACAUAGACCGACCAGGUGAAUCCAGGUGAAAGCUACAAUCCCUUAUUGACGUCACCUGUUAAAUCAACUCAAUCAGUGUAGAUGAAGGGGAGGAGGCAGGUUAAAGAAGGAUGUUUAAGCCUUGAGACAACUGAGACAUGGAUUGUGCAUGUGUUCCAUUCAGAGGGUGAACGGACAAGACAAAAAUGAAACUGCCUUUGAGCGGGGUCUGAUAGUAGGUGCCAAGUACACAGGUUUGUGUCAAGAACUGCAACGUUGCUGUUUUUUCACACUCAACAGUGUCCUGUGUGUAUCAAAAAUGUUGGGGUGGGGUGGGGGGGAUGCAACUCAAUAAUAGGAAGGUGUUCUUAAUGUUUUGUACACUCAGUGUAUAUGAAUGCUGUGAUUAGAAAUCAUUCUGACUGUGUUGGACAAAAUAUAAUUAUAUUCAUAGCUAAGAACAUAACGGAGGUCUUGGGAAUGAAAGACCUCUCAGCAGGAAGAGGAAGGAACAAUGGACAAUGUGGGAAUUACAGGGUUUUAGUCUUGGUAUUAAGCAUACAAUAUACAGUCUGUUUCUCUGUGACUUUAAUGACCUCAUGUGAACUAAAUAUAAAACCAACCGGGACAUCAGUUGGUAUUUUCUAGGAGUGUUUGACCGGGUUUAAAUCAAAAGGUGUGUUGUAAACAAACGCAUUGCACUUACCUGUUAAAGGUCAUUUACGCUCAGCCGACAUCCGCAGCGUUUGCCAUGAUUGCGAUCUUCGCGAAUGUCUGGAAAAUGGACUUCUAAAGCACAUUGCAACGCGCUUUUGAUUGAAUCUCUGCCCUAGUUACUUUAUCACUAACCGGCUUAUCAGGGAGCCUCUAAUGCAACUGCAUUUAGCCCUGUUACACGUUGGGUAAAUCAACUGAGAAAUGGAUCGUCAUCAGAACAAAGAAGACACUGAAGAAAUACAAAAAGAAGACAUUUUAUACCUUGACAGCAUGUACAUUCAAUUUAUUCUCUUACCUCAUCAGAAAAAAAACAUAUUACAUACGGUAUAUACAUUGAGUGAGUGAAUAAAGUAAUCCUACACUCAAUUAAAAGUGCUAUUAACACAUAUUACGACAAAGUAAAAAAACAAAACACACAAAUGCAUAUAGUGUGUGAUUAUUUAGACAUUAACAUCGAACUAACAUUGUGGAGGUAGGAACAUUACCAAUGUGUCGUGUAGUGCUGGACAGAAAACCUCCUGUGUAUUCCUCAACCUCCUGUGUAUUCCUCAACCUCCUGUGUAUUCCUCAACCUCCUGUGUAUUCCUCAACCUCCUGUGUAUUCCUCAACCUCCUGUGUAUUCCUCAACCUCCUGUGUAUUCCUCAACCUCCUGUGUAUUCCUCAACUUUAUUAAAACAUGAUGGCCGACAUAAACAACAGGAGAAGGAAAUGUAACGUGGAAAACAGCAAAUGAUGAAUGUCACAGAACAUCCUAGAAUUACUUUGUCUUCUUACCAUAGUCGUAUAAAUACUCCAAACGAAAUGGAACUGAUUCUUCCCUUUACAGUUUAACACAGUUUUAACAUCGUAACAAAUAGAGAACCUUUCGUAGAAGGGCACAUUCUUUGUUAAUCCAACCAAAGUUGAGGUUUAAAUUGAUUCACGUAUGUGUUAAGUAGAACUAAACAAACGUGCUAAUUGUGUGAUCUAAAUACAUGAUAUUCAUGGUUAUUAUUUUAUACCGUGCCUUGGACGUUUUUGGGAUUCCAUUUAAACAUAUCUACCGCUACGAAAAUAAAUAAUCAAACCUCGACAAAAUAAUUAAUAGGAUAAACAGUUUUGGACAAAUAUGCUCAUCUGAGUACCUCAAUAAACAGAUUGUCUUUUCUUGUGAA